AUGGGCACGAACACGACCACGACCACGGCCAUGGACAUGGACGUUGACACGAACACAGACAACCAAACCAUGCACAACGCCCAAAUCCACUUCAUCGCUGAACAGACUGCCCUUCAUGCCCGUUCAUACGAGGGUCAGGGUGUGAAACCCACCCUCCCCGACCUAAAAAACCACUGGUUUUCUCUCCCCGCUACUCGUGUGGAGGAUUACUGUGAGCGGGUUAGGUUUCUUGAUGGUCGGUUCGCUGCUGCUGGGUUGGCUGGUACUGGUACUGGCGAUGGCGGUGUUGGAGAUGAUGAGAGUGGGUCCAGGUAUCGUGGUUUUCUGGAUAAGAUCUAUCAGAAGCUUUUUGGGGGUUUGGAGAGGGGGGUUCUUGGAGGGUUGGUGGUUUCGGUGGAUGAUUUCAAGAACCAGGUUAUCCAGCUUGACGAGGAUGAGCUAGUGAAAUCCGUCUUGCAAGGCGUAACGGCCCUCGAGAAGCUACGCACCGCCUUCGAACGAAUCAACACAACCACUCCCCUCAGCGAAACAGACUGGCAAAAGGAGAUCAGCGAGACACUCAAACUCGCCACCACAGAUAGGGUGAUUAUCGGCGUGGUAGGCAGCACGGGAGCGGGCAAGUCGUCGCUCAUCAACGCCGUCGCGGACGAAGAGGGCGUCCUUGCGACGAACUGCAUGCGUGCGUCUACGGCCGUCGCGACCGAGAUCUCGUACAACCACUCCAGCCCGCGGCGAUACAAAGCCGAGGUAGCGUUUAUCUCGCGCGAGGAGUGGGAGCGCGAACUGCAAGUCCUCUUCCGCAACGUGGUGCGGGAUGAUGUCGCCAAGGAUUCGGAUGCGGCUGUUGCGCUGGAUAAGAUCCGUGCUGUGUAUCCGUUUCUCGGGGGGAGGGAUAUUUUGGGUUCCUCUGUUGAGGAGCUGCUGGGGCAUGCGAGUGUGGCGGGUUUGCUGGGGAGUACGUUGAGCAUCGAGGAGGAUGAUGCGAAGAUCUUCUCCAAAAAGCUGAAGUCGUAUAUCGACAGCAAAACUAAACGGCGCGGUACCAAGGGAAAGGCGAAAUCGACUGCGUCGAUACCCGACCAGCCUGAUAGUAAUAUGGGUCUUUGGCCACUCAUCAGAGUCGUACGGAUCUACGUCAAAGCGGCUGCUUUGGCCACCGGUGCUGUCCUCGUUGAUCUACCAGGGGUGUUUGAUUCGAAUGCUGCUCGGGUUGCUGUCGCAGAGGACUACAUGAAGCAGUGUUCAGCGCAUUGGGUGGUGGCGCCUAUCAACCGUGCCGUUGACGAUAAAGUCGCUCGAGAUCUGUUGAACAAGAACUUCAAGAUGCAGAUGCACAUGGACGGUGCGUUUAGCAAUAUCACCUUUAUCUGCACCAAGACCGACGAUAUCUCUGUUGGCGAAGUCCAGGAUUCCCUGAGACUGGAGUCCACGGCUACCGAUGCGCGGGAGGAGCUCGAAGAGAUGUGCGAGGUGGUUGAAGACGAGUUGAAGAAUCUUCACAACGAGCUUGCCUUUGUCACCAAGGAUGAAGAAGACGUGAAUGAUGAAAUUGGAUAUUUGGACUAUGCGGAUCCUUCAUCGGACUCGUCUGAGUCUCCGCUUAAACGGAAGAGGCAGGAACAACAAAAAUGCCCCUUGGGGCUUCAUCAAGCAGAGAAUAACCAACCCGAGAAGGAAGUACCCGAACUCCAGGAACAGAGACUCGACCAGCAAAGGCUGGGAUUACUCGCACGAAGAAAACAACUCUCCUCCAAGCAUCGAGCCCUAAGCCAGCAAGUCAAAUUAAAAAAAGACGAACUCGAGAAACUGCAACAGGAGAUCGAAAGCGCAGAGGCCAACGUUUUGCGCGACUGCAUCGAGGCUCGAAACAGCUACUCCAAAAAGGAGAUCAAGCGUGACUUCGCCCGAGGAAUCCGAGACCUGGACGCCGAGUUUGAAGACGACGAAGUUGAUUUCCACCAAGGCGAAGGGGAGUCCUCAUCUCGCGACUACAAGGAACUGGAGAAAGGGCUUCCGGUCUUUUGCGUGUCGAUCCGGGCAUACCAGAAGCUUCAGGGGCGAUUGGCGCAGGAGACUGCCGUGGCGGGCUUCACGGCGAUCGAAGAGACUGAAAUCCCCUUCUUGCAGGCUCAUUGUAUUGCGUUGACGGAGAAAGCGAGAGAAGCGUCUGCCAUUCGCUUUUUGACUCGGUUUGGCCAGCUUCUUCAGUCUCUUUCGCUGUGGGCGACACGAGCAGAUCCGGCUCUUAUUUUGACUGAUGAGAUGAAGAAACAGUUGGAGGGUGGCUUCAAUGAGACUAUUGCUCAGAUGAUUAGUGGUAUGGACAAUCUGAAAGAUGCGCUGUUUACGCAGCUUCGCCAAUCGUUGGACACGACUGUCGUCAGUAGACUUGAUGUUGCGGCGAAAUAUGCGUGCGAUCACUGUGAAAAGGUCGUUUCUAUAUGGAACAAACCUGCCGUCGAGGGUGGUGUUCGAUUCAACACAUACAGGGCAAUCUGUAACCGCAGUGGUUCGUUCUAUACGGCUGAUUGGAACCAGGACUUAGCGAAUCCAAUGCGCCAUCGAAUGAUGAACGCAUGGAGAGGAAACUUCUAUUAUCAAGUCCCAGGGCAAAUCGACGCCUUUAUCGCGAACAUUAAUCGCCAGCUGUACGCCUUUCACCAGGCCGCGAUUGCCUCUGCCGGAGGCACUAUUUCGACACAAAAUGUCGAAAAGCUUAAUGGCAUUCUAAACUCGACUUGCAGCAACGUCGAGCAGGAGUUCAAGCAGAUAUCUACUGGCGUGAGACGUGCAUCAAAAGACAUCAACAGGGGUUUUGCAAGUGUCAUUGCUGCCGAAAUGACCCCGAUCUAUCGGGAGUGCGCUCUGCAGACUGGCAAAGGAACUCUUAGUCGCGUGCGUAAUAUUAUGAGCCAGGGAACGGCAGACAACCGCACCCAGAUAUUCAGCCAUGUCGUCCAGCAUAUCCAAGAGCACUUGAUGACGUUGAUGACGAAUCUCGAGGGAAUGAUCAAAGACUGUCUGACGACCUCUGCGGGCUAUAUGUCGCGAGACUAUUAUGCUGCUAUAAUUGCGCCGCAGGUGUAUGGUUAUUCCCAAGCGUUGAAUGGGGUUAAAGACGAGGUGACGCUCAUUGUGCAGGAGGCGGCUAGAGAGCUUGGACUGGGGAUUGUUUGGGAGAGGGAGGGGGAGGGAAACGGAGAGAAUAAGAAUGGAGAGGAGAAGACUGAGGGAGGGGUUACAGUGAAGGAGGAGCCAGUGUGA